CGGAGCAGUAGUGGGGUUGGCUGGAUUGUGAUAUCGACAGAUGUCUAGAAAAUUGUGUGAGGGGCACUCCUCAGAUAGUCUACAACCCAGAGACCCCAGGCUGCACCUCGGAGAGCAGGGGCGGAAUCUGCAGCUGUCACUCCAAAAGGCUUACCUCCAUUAUCACAUCCAGCCACAGAUUGCAAAAGAAGCCUUGCUGAUUACUCAGUAAAAAUACAGGAAACAUCAUGGGAGGCAAGCUGACCAAAAAAAGAAAAGGGUAUGAUGUGAGUGAUCCAAAAGACAAGAAGGAUGAAGCCCCUGAAACAGCCACUAGUGCAGAAGAUUCUGCUAAAGGGGAAGAUGAAGUGCCACCAACAGGAGAAGAGUCAACAGCAGAGGCAGGCAAUGUGGAAGAGCAAAAGGCUGUGACAGCUGAGGCAGCAGCACCUCAAGCUGUGGAAGCUCCAGACAAAUCUGAGAAAGAACCAGCUGCACAAUCAGAUCCCGUGGUUGCAGAGGAACAAGUAGCAUCGACUGCUGAGGAACCAGUUACAGCAGUAGCGCCAGAGGAUGUAGCUCCAGUUGUAGAGGAACCAUCUGCAGCAACUGAAGCAGCUCCAGUAGCAAAAGAAUUAGCUGCAGCAGCAGAUAAAGCAACUCCAGUCGUAGAACAAGUUGUGGCAGCAAAAGAAGUAGAACCAAUAAAAGAAGAACCAAGUGCAGUAUCAAAGGAGCCAGCUUCAGAAAUAGAAGAACCAGUUGUAGUAGCAGAGCAAAGUGCAUCAGUACAAGAGCAAGCUCCAGAAGACCUUGCAGUGGCUGCUGUAGCAGAAGAACCUGCUGCACCGCCACCAGGAGACUCUGUACCAGUUAAGACUGAAGCCAAGUCUGAAGAGCUCCAUGAAAAAGAACCUGCUGCAGCUACUGAAUCUGUGCCAGAGGCCACCAGAGAGCCAGAUCCCAUCCCAGAUACUGAGCCUGAAGCUACUGUGGCAGAGACAGUGGUGUCUGUGGCUGUCGCUGAACCUGAACCAGUGGCUGAGCCAGCAGCAGAUCCAGUGCUGGAGUCAGCCACAGAACCAGAGGAAGAACCUAAGCAAGUGCCAGAGCAAGCAGCAGAGCCUGAGGCAGAGCCUGAGGCAGAGGCAGAGAAGGAAGAAGAAGCAGAGCAAGUACUGGAGCCAGAAAUAAAACAGGAACCAGAGCCAGAGAUUGUGGAAGCGACAGAGCCUGAACCUGAACCUGAACAAACCACAGAGGUAGAUCUGGGACAGACAUCAGAGCCAGGACUGCAGCAAGCAGCCGAGUCAGAUCUUGUGCUAGAGGAUCAGGCUUUGAAACCUGCAACAGAGGCUCAAGUAGAAGAAACUGAACCUGAACCAGCUGUAGCCACUUCUGACAUUAGCGAAGUGGGGACUAUGGAAGGAGAUGCAUCUGAUGUUGUGGAGACUGCAGCAGAGGGUGUCCCCACUGAUCAAGCUAAUCAAGUGGAAUCUGUUGAAAAGGAAGCCCCCAGCACUGAGACAGCAGUUGAGCUUAAGGAAGCAAAACUUGUGUCUGAGAUUGUCAUUGCCUCUGCCUGCGAAGUUACCUCUGAAUCUGAAAAGGCAGCUGAGGCCUCUGUGGAAGCAGUGCCUUGCCCAGAACCCGAGGCAGAAAGCAAAUUGGAAAAUGGAGAUUUAGAUAGCCCUUCAGUUACAGAGGAUGGAGUUCCAGCUGUGAAUGGGGAGUGCAGAGAUCCUAUUGCUGCUGUGGCCACACAGGCGGAGGAAUGUGUUAAUGGGGGUAAAGUGCCAGAGGAGAUCCCUAUCAAGGAGUCGAGUGACCUUGAACUGAAAAAGGACUUGAACCUGAGCGGGGAUGGCCCAGAAUUUCCUGAUGCAGUCUCAGACAUGGUGGAUGGCCUGAGCACCGAGGUCACUCAAGAAGCUUAAAAAGAAGGCAUCAUUCAAAUCAACCCCCCCACCCCCGUGCUGCAAGAAAGCCAUCGAGGUAUCACGAACACAGCUACGCUUUCUGAAAUGCUGUAACCACUCCAAUCUCUUUAGUGGCAAAUCAGGCGAAAGGAUGUUUUCUCUUGAGUAACCAAAAAUGCAACCCAACCACUUAAGGAUAGAGGGACACAGAGAUAUUUAUAGUGAGAUGGAAGUGCCGCGAAGAGACUGGAGUUUGGAAUUCGAGUGUAGACAGGCAGUGAAGCUGGACAGGUUGACAAUAAAUACUGGACAGUAAACAACAUUAUUGAGUAAAAAUAAAAGAAUGUGUCUGUGUGUGUGAGGCCGAUGAAUAUUACAAAGUGGCUUAUUGAAAAAUCAGUCAUUAUUAGUAUAAUAUUUGAUUUAGAAACUCAAAUAUCCUUUCUAUUACUAUACAGAGACAUGACCUGUUUUGGCCUUUUAUAGUAAUGGUACCUGUAAGGAUUGUUCAUUUAACACAAACUGUCGAGAAUAGAGAAUAAAAAGAGACUGUUUUAGUCUACA